AUUGACAAAAAUCAGCAGCACAAAAAAAAACAAAACUAAAAAGACACAAAACUCACCGUUUCUCUGCUCCUGAAACGGGCCGAGGUUCCGGUACUUUAACGCAUUUAGUAAAACACGUUCUGAAAAAGUUGCGUUUGAACACCGGAAACAGCUUCGACAGAACCCGCAAAGAUCUGAUCCGAACCCAGAAUAACUAACCCGGGAUUUAGGACUUGGCCCAGUCUGCAGUCCAUCGGACCGAACUUGAUCCUACAACCUGUUUACGUGGUUGAUGCCUGCAGGAUGGGGAACAGUAGCAGUGACCGAGGCAGUGGAGGUCAGGGUGAAAGGUCAUACAGAGAUGCACAACAAGGGGGCAAAGAGACGUGUGCCAAAAUUCUGAUGGACAGCUCAGAGGAUGCAGACCUUUUCCAGAGAGAUGAUUCAAAGGUUCCACAGGAGGUACAAGACUUUCUGUCCUGGCAGCAGGACAUGGAGACUGAUGGGAAAGGUCUAGCCCAGGCCAGACCCACUGUGUUCAGGUGGUCUGGAGCAGCCAAGGAAGUCUAUGUGUCCGGCUCUUUUAACAACUGGGCCACCAAGAUCCCGCUCAACAGAAGUCAGAACAAUUUUGUGGCUAUCGUGGACCUGCCGGAGGGAGAGCACCAGUAUAAGUUUUGUGUGGAUGGCCAGUGGCUUCUGGAUCCUACUGGAGGUGUUGUGACGUCCAAAACUGGAACCAUUAAUAAUGUCAUCCAGGUGCAAAGGACUGACUUUGAGGUGUUUGAUGCCCUCAAGAUCGACUCAAAGGAUUCUGCCGACAUCUCAGGUACUAUAUUCCCAUACACAGGAAUGCAUACAUUCAUUUAG